UGCAUCGCUGGUCGAUGUUAUGUGUGUCUGCUUCGUUUACACGCCCAAAAGUAACCCACAACUAGAAAUAUGGCCAAAGCCGGUGUCGAGUUUGGGGCUGAGGUAAAGAAAAAAUAUUUCCAUUUCAAGGAGGCAUUUACUUUUUUGAACCACGCCUCCUAUGGAGCCGUUCCUUCUCACAUCAGGGAGAAACAGAAACAAUUACUCGAUGUUGUGAAUGAUAAUCCGGAUGUAUUUUACCGACAAGCGUGGAAACCGUUUAUGUCCACAGCGAUCCAAGCUGCUGCCGAGUUUCUGGGGGCGGAUCCAAAUAAUGUGGUCCUUGUACAGAAUGCCACAACAGGUAUUAACACUGUCCUGAAGGCGUUUCCUUGGAAAAAAGGCGAUGAGAUUUUAGCCACUACACAUACUUACUGUUCGAUACAGAAUACUUGCAGAAAAGCUGCACAGAUUUCUACAGGAGGACACUUUCAUCAGUUAGAGAUCAACUUCCCCAUCAAGGAUGAAGAGGAAAUUGUCAGAAACAUGGCGUCAGCUAUAGAUGAACAUCCUAGCGUUAGAAUAGUGCUUCUCGACCAUAUCACUAGUCCAACAGCUUUGUUGAUGCCAUUAAAGAGAAUGAUAGAGGAAUGUCGAAAGCGCGGGGUCUUGGUUUUGAUUGACGGCGCCCAUGCUCCAGGACAAAUAGAGAUAAAUCUAGAGGAACUCUGUCCCGAUUUCUACGUCGGGAAUUUCCACAAGUGGGUGUAUACCCCGAGAGGGUGCGCUUUUCUCUGGGUCCACAAGGAUCACCAGAAUUGGUGCACUCCCCUCGUGACGUCAUACAUGUACGAUAAAGGGUUCCAGCUGGAAUAUGGACAACAGGGUACACGUGACGACACUCCAUAUUUCUUGAUUCCAGAUGCCAUCCAGUUUUAUAAGGAUAUGGGUGGAAGGGAAAGAAUAACGAAGUAUACGAAGGAACUCCUGGACAGUGCGUGCAAGAUGAUAGCAGAAAGGCUACAGACACGGUUAGCUGAAAUUCCAAAGUCUAUGGAAGUCCCAGGAAUGAAAAUUGUUUUGUUACCAGAUUGUACUUACAAUGAACGCUACUCAAACACAUGGGAGGGAUCCCAAAAUUUGCAAUUUGACAUCAUGAAUAAACACAGAAUCCACGUUACAGUUAACUCCAUCCAAGGCAGGCUCUACAUGAGACUGGCAGCGAACAUUUACAACGAGAUGGCCGACUAUGAAAAAUUAGCAGACCUGUUAGUUAAGCUUUUCAAGGAAGGUGAAUGAUGUGUAAAUUGAAAUUAUCAAAAAGAAAUAAAAAGACACUCACAAGUGUAACUGAUUGAGUUAUAAAAGGGUUUAUAUGUUUUCAGUUAUAGUUUUCUGUCACGUCUCUCUAAAUAGACGUGGUAUAACCGUGAUAUAAAAUUAUGAUUUGAAUAUAUGCAGAAAAGAAUGUAUGAAAAACAUAUAGCAGACUUUGGAGCCAGUAUCAGCAAGAGACAAAACUGUCGGUUUUUUUGUUUUUCAUUCAGAAGUUUAUGAAGCAUAUUUUGUACUAGGGAAGGUAUGGUAUAUUUCUAACUAAACACUAAAAAAAUCAUAAUUUAUUAUAAUUUUGAUGUCUACUUACAAAAAGUAUGUUAAAAUUGCAAAUAAAGCAGCCAGGUGUCUAGGAAUUUUUAUUUGUCAUGAUAAAGAAGAAUGCUAUAAUAACAAUUGGAUAAAAAUUUACCACGAUAUCGAAAAAUUAUUUGAAUCUUGGAAAAGGAGAAAACUGACUUUAUUUGGAAAUUAUGUAUACUUAAUACACUUGCUAUACUGUGAAAUCGUUAGAUUUCGUGGUGGCUCAAUUUUCGUCAAAUUCGUGGCUACCUCUCAUCCACGAAUAUACACCCCAACAAACUAAUAAACUAGGGCUAUUAAGUCAUAAUCAUUUUGUACGUAUACGAAAAUACACGAAAUUACAUACCCUCGAACCUGUUAAAUUUAAGUAAUCCACGAAAUUUAGCCCCCGCGAAUUUUAAUGAUUCCACAGUAUCAAAACUUACAUAUGCUGCUACAGUCCUUAAUUUUCCUGAUAAAAACUAUAUUUAAAAAAUUCAACAGGUGAUAUACAAUUUCAUUUAGGAUAAAACAGAGAGAACUAAACGUAAUACAUGUACUUUAAAAGACAAUGUUCUUCAGGUUGGGCUUUCAGUUGUUGAUAUUGAAUGUAAAAGCCUCUUGGGUUCCAAGAUUAACUAGAAACAAAGGUAUCAUGUUUAAAAUAUUUGAAUCCUACUGUAAUCAGCUAAAUUUGAAAGUGAAUUACGUAUUACAUUUUUCAGAUAAAAAAAGAACAAAAUAUACAGAAAAUAUAGGAAAUUUACCGAUAUUUUAUCAACAAAUGCUCUGCUCAUUUA